UAUUAUUUCGUGUAUCUCUCAGGUCUGGGACUGUCUCAGGAUGUAGCAGGAGCUACAUUUAUGGCAGCUGGGAGUUCUGCCCCUGAACUGGUCACAGCCUUUCUGGGUGUGUUUGUAACAAAGGGAGACAUCGGCGUCAGCACCAUUGUGGGAUCAGCCGUCUACAACCUGCUUGGGAUCUGUGCUGCAUGUGGACUCUUGGCCUCUAUGGCCGGGCGUCUCACCUGUUGGCCACUGUUCAGGGACUGCCUGGCAUACAGUAUCAGUGUUGCUGCUGUUAUUGCCAUAAUUUCUGAUAACAAGGUUUACUGGUAUGACGCUGCAUGUCUGCUGCUGGUCUAUGGCGUCUACAUCAUGGUUCUGUGCUUUGACCUUCGCAUCAGUGAGUUUGUCCUGAGGAAGCUGAGCCCUUGCUGCACAUGUCUGGAUAAAGGAUCCAAUGAGAAGACUGAGACACAGGCUCUGAUGGGCUGGAGCGACCAAACCAGCCUGCGAGUCCACAGUCGCUCCAGAACGGACAGUGGGAUCUUCCAGGACGACUCAGGAUACUCUCAGCUGUCCCUCAGUCUUCAUGGCCUCAAUGAGAUUCCUGAAGCGGAGCAUAAAAAUGUGUUUGCCGUGCCGGAGAGCGACUUGAAACGGGUUUUCUGGGUCCUGUCUCUUCCCAUCAUCACUCUGCUUUUCCUGACCAUCCCUAACUGCAGGAGAAGGUUCUGGAAGGGAUGGUUCAUGAUAACCUUCCUCAUGUCAGCUGUCUGGAUCUCAGGUUUCACGUACGUGCUGGUGUGGAUGGUGACUAUUGUCGGCGAAACCCUUGGCAUCCCCGAUACAGUGAUGGGACUCACUCUGCUUGCUGCUGGAACCAGUAUACCUGACACUAUAGCCAGCGUGAUGGUGGCCAGAGAAGGGAAAGCUGACAUGGCCAUGUCCAACAUCGUGGGCUCUAAUGUUUUCGACAUGCUGUGCCUGGGCCUGCCUUGGUUCAUCAAGACUGCCUUUGUAGACCCCGACAACCCUGUAGAAGUCAACAGCACCGGGCUGGUCUUCAUUUCCAUUACGCUCCUCCUUUCAAUUGUCUUCCUUUUUGUAUCCGUGCACAUUAACGGAUGGAAGUUGGACUGGAAGUUGGGACUCGUUUGUCUAUUCUGCUACAUCCUCUUUGCCACUCUGUCCAUCCUGUAUGAGCUUGGGAUUAUUGGAAAUAAUCCCGUAAGACUGUGCAGCGACUGAGAUUUUACCUCCUGAGGACUGAGGCCAUGUUUCAAACACACAACAGAAUUGUUAAACCUAUAAAUAUUUAUAUGUCAAGACAAGGAAGCAUGGUCCCACUCUCAUGUGCUGGUCACAGGAUGAUCUCAAUAAGUAAUAUAUACUAUAUAUAUUUCAAUUUAAGGUGGAAACGUGCCAAAGAUAAAAAAUGUGUGCCUCACAGAACCAGACUCAAUGAAGACCCAUUUUCAAGUUCUGAGUGACUGGCAAGUUCCAAUGAAUCCAGAACUGACAAGUCAAGGAAUAUAAAAAGGUGUGAACAAAACUUAU